CGGAGGGGAAAAUGGAGAUUCCAAGUACUUCACCGCCGCGAGCCAGCGACCACGGUCGCCGCGAGCUCGUCAACUUCACUCUCCCUCCCGCUACUCCCCCAAGCCCCGAGCACCGCCCCCAUCCGGAGCUGCUCCGCCGCCUCCUCGUCCCGCGGCGGCGGCGCCUUCCCCUGUCGCCACCGCCGCUAGGGCUAGGGCUCGCCGAUCCGGCAAUGGAAGAAGGCGGCGGCGGCGGCCCGGGCCUGUCGAAGCCGGCAGCGCUCGCCGCCUGCUUCUGCAUGGCCCUUUUCUACGUCGCGACUCUCUACGCGCCCGCCGCGCUCCUCCGCCUCCCUCCUCCCCCCUCCUUCAAGAGCUUCAUGCUCCGGCGCUUCGCCUGCGCCGCCGUCUCGUCUCUGGUCUCGGUCGUCGCGACCGCCCUCGUUCUCCCGAUAAGGAGAUGGGAGGUUAGGGAUUUGCUGGCUGUUUACGGCAUCAGAGGAGACCAUCUGUGGCAAGCUGUGGUUCUUCCUCUGUCGUUGACCUCGCUUAUGUACGCCGGGAGUUUGGCCCUCAAGUUGUUGUUAUGGGUGGAUUCAUGGAAGGAACAUCGGAAUUGCUCCGGAUGCUUUUCCUUCGAGUAUAGCUACGCUUCUGUGCAGUUUCCAUUCAGGUGGAUUCUCUCCAGGGCCUCGAAUAUUCUGGCUUGGCGUAACUUUGUUGUGGCGCCACUGACAGAAGAGUUGGUAUUUAGAGCAUGUAUGAUAUCCAUACUUCUCUGUGGAGGAUUCGAAAAGUACAGCAUCCUUAUCCUGGGCCCGAUUUUGUUCAGCUUGGCACACUUGAACCAUUUCAUGGAGAUCUACAUGCAGCAAAAGCGUCAAAUUAUAAAAGCAUCAAUGAUCAUAGGCCUCCAGCUUGGAUACACUGUUGUCUUUGGUUCAUAUGCAUCAUUUCUAUUUAUCCGGACUGGACAUCUUCUUGCCCCGUUAGUUGCUCAUAUCUUUUGCAAUUUCAUGGGAUUGCCUGUGCUAUUUUCACACAGGAAAGAUGGUCACCUUCUUGUAUUUUCUGUGACAGGAAUUGCAACUGUGGCAUUUGUAGCUGGAAUGAUGGGGUUUCUAUGGCUCCUUUUUCUUAUGACAAGGCCAGAUUAUUAUAAUGACAGAACUAAAAAUUGUAGAUGUUGGCAUGCAUUCUGUUCCUGGAUCUGAACUUUUUAAAGUUGCAAGAUACGUCUUCAGUGUGAGGUUGUGUCCGGGGAGGAUAUAUCGGAGAAUUGAGAAAAAGGGAUGAAAUCGGGAUGUUGGGUCAUGUCCUCACCGACUCCUCUAUCGGCUGAUUUAUCGGAGGACCAAAAGAAACGUCUCUGUUUUCAUCCAUACGGAAGUCCAUCUGCUCAAACACAGUAGGCCAGCAGAUAUUAUUCUAAAGUCCUUUAAUCCGAUGCAGCCCAGAACUUGUGCUGAUUGUCCAUCAUCCCCGUCCUUAUGGACUGCUGCCGCCUGUAUAAUUUUGUGCGCAUCACUGUGCGUGUUCUUUUCUUCCCCGGAAGUCAGAAGAGGAUGCUGGCGGAAUUUCUAUGGGGAUUUAUAAGGGAUAUUUUUCUUGUAAUAAAAAUCUAGGUUCCCUCGUAAGCAUCUCGCUAAGAGGGUUGUUAAUUGCUCUCAUGUCACUGUAUUUGUAUUUGGAAUUCUUUGAAAAAGCUUUGGCCAAGAUAAAGCCUUACCUAAUGAUUUGAGUGGCAAUCAUUCAUGACA